AUGCGGACCUCCAAAUCCCUCCCGUCAUGGCGUUGGUACGCUGCCAUCGCCGCCUUAUUACCAGGCUGGGUAGCCAAUGCUAGCCCAUCUGUGAACGUUGCCCUUCAAGCCUCAUUCGAUGCAUCUCCAUAUCUUGUAGAGCUACUUGAGUCCGCCGCAGAGGAGAACUCCACAUCCUACUUUCCAUUACUCGAUCGUAUCGCCGACGGAACCUUUGAGGAUUCAGCUACCGAGAAGGAGCUUUACGACCGCUUCUUGCAGGUUGUCUCUGAAGAUGGUCACUUGCGCACCGCGGAGGCCCUUUCCUCUUUCAAAUUGUCGCUUGCGGUCCGAUCAUCUGCGCCGAGAAUCCAGGCGCAUUAUCAGUUCUACAAUACUUCUGUUCAGCACUCGUUGAUGAUGGCACAGGAUGCAGUUUGUCCGGUAUGGGUUCACUUGGAGGGCAAGCAGUAUUGCUCUUCGGCCAUGGAACGCGCGCAGCAGGAUGUCCAAGGAGACUUAGAUCCUAGAGAGCUUCCCUUCGACCGAGUAUAUGGCGAUGUGUCACUACCUCCUGCUGUCCUUUACGCCGACAUUUCCGCCCCCAUGUUUAAGGAAUUCCACGAGACAUUGAUCGAUAUGGCAAAAGAAGGGCAGAUUUCUUACCGCGUGCGUUACCGGCCACCUCAACAUUGGGUCUCCCGCCCUUUGUUUGUCCCGGGAUACGGCGUCGAGCUGGCCUUGAAGCGAACGGAUUAUAUUGUCAUCGAUGACCGGGAUGCGGAGCAGCGAGGAGAAAGCGAGAACAAGCCGGCAAACUCUUUGGAAGAAUUGAAGGAGGAAUCCCCAGAUGACUUGCGGCCUCUGUCCGCUUCGGAGGUCUCGAGGUUGGGCUGGAACACCGUGGCCUAUGUUCUGGACAGCGUGAACCCGCUUGAUACACUGAUCAAGCUAUCUCAAAACUUCCCCAAGUAUUCAUCCGUAGUCGCUGCUCACAACGCUACUGUUCCGCUGAAGAAAGAAGUCCGUGCCAACCGGGCACGGAUGAUUCCCUCUGGUGGUAAUCUCAUGUGGAUUAACGGUGUUCAGAUUGACCAACGCCAGAUUGAUGCUUUCUCUCUUCUCGACCACCUUCGUCGGGAGCGCAAGCUGAUCGAGAAAUUCCGGGGUUUGGGCUUGUCUGCUCAAGACACUGUGAAGCUUCUGUCACACCCUCUCCUGGCGGAAUCGCACGCAGAUGUCGAUUCACAGAGAUAUGAUUACCGUGAUGAAUUGGAUGGUGGCGAGGUAAUUAUUUGGUUGAACAAUCUAGAGAAGGACUCUAGGUACCAGGAAUGGCCCACCGGCCUGGAGGCGUACAUUCAAAGUGCCUACCCCGGCCAGUUGCCGCCAGUGGCCCGCGACUUGCAAAACGUCGUCGUUCCUGUCGAUUUGUCAAAAUCGGAGGAUAUACUGUUGGUCCUUCAGCAGAUCCUAACAUUUAUCAAGCGCGGGAUCCCUGUGAGAUUUGGUUUGGUGCCUACUGCGUCCUCGCCAGAGGCUAUUGCGCAGCUUAAGGUGGCGCAUUAUCUUCAAGACACCUUUGGACUUUCGGCUUUUAUUCAAUAUUUGGAAGAGUCUGCUUCACAAACGAAGACAAGGCAACCGGAUAAGUCCAUUUUCGCUUCUGUGGUCAAGGAGCGUAAGCCACGCGCGGACAAGGAAGCCAUGUCGCUGGAUCAAGUGCAAAAGAAUGAACAUUAUAGCACUAUCGCAGAUCGCGCAUGCAAAUACCAGAGCCGCCUGAGCCUGAUUGUUGAUGACCCUCACUUCCUGGUCAAUGGAAUUCCGAUCUCCCGUGAGGGUAAUUGGAUGCAGGAGAUGAGUAUGCAGAUUGGCAGAGAUUUAAAGUUGGUCCAGCAGGGUAUUAUUGAGGGAGUCUUUGAAGAGGACGCUUGGCUACCUGCAUUCUUCUUGGCGGCGGCAUUUGAGAAACGUAACACUUUCUUGAUGCCCGAAGACCCCAAGGAUGUACAGGUUGUGGAUCUUGCCAAUGUUUUCGGAUCCGGUUCAGAAGUCCUGGCUGAUAUCCCUCGUAUCGCAUCUAACAACGACGUUUUGGAGACUGUGCACACUAUUAUCGUUGCAAACUUUGAGUCGGAACAGGGACUGAAAUUGUUGGCUGAUGUCCUGAGUUUCCGAAAGGAACAUGAUGAAGUGGAGAUCCUCCUUCUACACAACGGUGUUAUUGAUGCUGCUGGGGUUUCCAACUUCGACAGAAUCCAAAAAGCGCUCCUUGAGGGCGAAGAUGUUGAGCAGCUACUGGCUACCGUUAGCUCACUGGAAGAUUUGACCCUGGAUGAAGUGCUGGACAACAAGGCGCCCAUUGCCAUUCACCGAAGCCUCAUUGAGAAGCUUGGCUUCAAGUUGAAAACAUCGGGACUCAUUGUCAAUGGAAGAGUAGUGCCCCUCGGGUAUUCCACUAUUAGUGCGGACGACCUAGCACAGCUGGUCGCAUAUGAACAGAGCAAGCGUAUCGAUCCUGUUGCAAAGACUGCAAAGGACCUCAAAUUGGAUUCCAAGAUCUCUACACCACUUGACUUUGCCAAGCUUACCUCAUUGGUUUCUCUUUCAACGACCUCGGAUAUCCCCGAGGGAAUGUUCGAAAACACACCCGAUUACAGGUUGGAUGUGUCUGAUAGCUGGAGGACAGACCACUCUGUGAUCACUGUCUCCAACUCCGAGGAUCCCUUGAUCAAUGUUGCUGUUGCUCUCGACCCUGCAUCUGAGGUGGCUCAGAGGUGGCUACCGAUCCUCAAAGUUCUGUCUGAAUUGGCUGGCGUCCAGCUGAAGAUUUUCCUCAACCCGAAAGAAGAGAUUAAAGAGUUGCCUGUCAAGCGUUUCUAUCGCUACGUCCUCGAGUCGGAGCCCAAAUUUACCAGCGAAGGAGCUCUGUCGCGUCCCCAAGCUUCUUUCUCGGGGGUUCCCGUUGAGGCCUUGCUCACACUGGGUAUGGAUGUGCCUACUUCAUGGCUUGUCGCACCCCAGGAUUCCAUACAUGAUUUGGAUAACAUCAAGCUGAGCUCGCUCAAGAGCGACACCAAUGUCGAUGCCAUUUAUGCCCUGGAGCAUAUCCUUAUCGAGGGCCACUCCCGCGAUCUCACUACCAAGACACCCCCUCGCGGCGUUCAGCUCAUCUUGGGCACUGAGGAAAACCCUCACUUCGUCGACACCCUCAUCAUGGCCAACUUAGGCUACUUUCAGUUCAAGGCCCAACCAGGCCUUUGGCAGAUAAACCUCAAACCCGGCCGCAGCGAGAAGAUCUUCGAACUCGAAAGCGUCGGUGGCUCGGGAUACCGCCCACAAAACGGCGAUGAGAGCAAUGAAGUCACUCUCCUCUCAUUCCAAGGCCGGACUCUCUUCCCCCGCCUCUCCCGCAAACCAGGUCAAGAGUCUGAAGACGUUCUAGAAACAGGCCAAUCCGGUUCCAUGGGUCUCGUCUCAAAAGGAUUCAGCUUCGCUCAAGGCGUCCUUUCCAGCGUUGGCGUCGGCUCAAAAUCCGAGCAGCACGCUGAUAUCAACAUUUUCUCUGUGGCAAGUGGACAUCUCUACGAACGCAUGCUAAAUAUCAUGAUGGUCUCCGUCAUGCGUCACACAAAGCACACCGUCAAAUUCUGGUUCAUUGAACAAUUCCUCUCACCCUCUUUCCGGGCCUUCCUCCCCCACCUCGCAGCCGAAUAUGGCUUCACCUACGAAAUGGUCACAUACAAAUGGCCCCACUGGUUGCGCGCCCAGACCGAGAAACAGCGUGAAAUCUGGGGCUACAAGAUCCUUUUCCUGGAUGUUCUAUUCCCCCUCUCCCUGGAAAAGGUCAUCUUCGUAGAUGCGGACCAGAUCGUUCGAACAGAUAUGUACGAUCUAGUCAACCACGAUCUCCAAGGUGCUCCCUAUGGCUUCACGCCCAUGGGCGACUCACGGACCGAGAUGGAAGGCUUCCGGUUCUGGAAACAGGGUUACUGGAGUAAUUAUCUUCGUGGACGGCCUUAUCAUAUCUCGGCUUUGUAUGUUGUUGAUCUCAACCGGUUUAGGGAGUUGGCUGCUGGUGAUCGGUUGAGGGGACAGUAUCAGAUGCUUUCGGCUGAUCCGAACAGUCUCAGUAACCUCGACCAGGAUCUGCCUAAUCAUAUGCAGCAUCAUAUUCCUAUCCAUAGCUUGCCGCAGGAAUGGUUGUGGUGUGAGACUUGGUGUGCUGAUGGGGACUUGGAGGUGGCGAAGACGAUUGAUUUGUGUAACAAUCCGUUGACUAAGGAGCCGAAGUUGGAACGGGCGAGGAGACAAGUUCCUGAGUGGACGGUUUAUGAUGAUGAGAUUGCUUUGUUGGCGAAGAAGGUUGCUGUUGAGAAGGCUGAGUUUGCGGAAGGUGAGGAUGAAGACCGGAAAGAUGAGCUAUAG